GAUCGGUCACCGGCUGACGUCGGUCUUCCCAACUUUUGUGCGUGUAACUUUUUAGAAAGUUCCCCUUGUGUUGUGUUAUUUUUUGUUUUUUUUUCGAGAAAUAUCUGUGGCAAUGACACUGUGCAGUGUCAGCAGAGUGCAGUGCGUGUGAUCUAAGUGACGGUCUUGGCCAUCUUACACCCAUAUUCGGAUUGUGCUUUGUCGGAGAACAAUCGUUCGUGCCAAAAGCUAAUGAAAAAUGAGCAGUGCAGUGAAUCAUCACUCAGAAGAGUGAACUAGUGUGGAUCCUCGAUAUUUAAUAUCGACAAAAGUGAAGUGAAACUCAUGCACCCGGAUUUCAAAGUGAAGUGAAACCUAUGCAACCAGAUUUUAAAGUGAAGUGAGACCUAUGCAACCGGUCACAAAGUGAAGUGAUAUAAAUGAUCGGAAUGAUGUGGUUCAAGCGUGAACCAAAGCCGGUUUCCGAGAAGCCGGUGGAGAAUGGAGUGGUGGGGAAACUCCGGAGGAAGAAGGCUGUUCUUCUCAAGCCGACUCGUGAGUCGAGCGAGAGGGAGACCUCUACAGAGAGCGACAAGGAGAGGCGACGGUAUUCCGAUAUACUUGAUAUGAAAGUGUCGCUAGAAAGAAGAGAUGAAAGUGAUGAAUCUCUGUACGAGUCAGCAGAUUGCCACAGCGACGCAAUAUCAGCCAGCGAUGAUGCUCUGCCAAGGCUCGGCAAAACACCAACCCUCAGCAAAGAAUCUCUCAAACUAGCAGUUACAGAUGAAGAAGUCGACAUAACUAGAAAUAAGAAAGGACACAGAAAAACCAUGUCACUAUCAAAUCCACUAGAAAUUGUAAAAAAUUUAGGAGAUGAGUGGUUUGAGUCGGCAAAGAAAGAUCUUGAAAAAUGCUCCGAUAAGAAGAAAUCAAGGGAAAGCCUUUGGAGUGAAGAAGACAGAGAUUCCAUUCAUGGGUCCAACAUGAAAUUGGAUCAGAUCAGGAAGAAUAGCAAGAAGGAGGACAAAAGUCAAUCGAAUAGCAGAAAGAGCAGUACCACAGAUGCUCCUAAAAGAAAAAGCAGCAAAGGUUCCUCUGUCAGUGCCUUGAAUCUGUUUAGACGAAAAAAGACACCGACUUCAAUGAAACCGGUUGAAGUUCUAUCAGAAGAUGCCGUAGACAAAGUGUAUAGCAUCGAAGAGAUUCUUCAUUCGACGUUAUUGUUUUUGGAAGGAGAGAAGCGUCACGCAGCUACUUGUGACAUUAAACCUCCGCAGGAAACAGACUCUGAUGACGAACCUCCUACGCCCAAGAUAUUGGGAGAGCAUAGAAGAAGACUGAGCAGACAGACUUCCAGAGGGAAAAGCAAAGUCAGGGGGAAGAGUCAAUCUGUAAAAGUGAACACCCUGAGAAAAUCUCACAGUGGAACGUUGAAGAAAGCGAAAAAGAAGAGCGCCAAGACUCCAUCCAUUGGCAGGAGUAGACAAGCGAGCAUCGUGGAACAGACCCCGGUUCCGAAGAAGAAGAAUUCGGACUCGGUGAAACACAGUUCCUGGUUUAGCAGUUCUAGAGGAGAAUCGAGGAGAGAGGGCUCGGCUGAGGAGCAGACGGCGCCCGAUGCUGACGUGGACACCAGCGACACAGCCGCCAAGGACGUGCCCGACAAGGACAAUAAUUGGCGAGCGCCACCUGCCGCGCGCGGCGUGAACCGAGCGGAGAGCUGCCGCGAGCGAGACGCGCCGCGCCGCGGCAAGCACCGCAACGCCUCCGACCCGAACCGCCUCACCGCGCACACCAACCAUGACCUGGAGCCGGGAGCAGCUACCGCGCCAUCUGGGUCGUCCAGCAGCUCGAGUCUCUCCUCUCGCAGCAACGAGAGCAACACUGUCGCUGCUGAGCAACAAGCGUCCCAGUCUGACUGGUCGGAGGAGGACGAGCCGCUGGCGGCGCAGUGGGCGGACAGCCUGCCGCCGCAUGUACUGGAGGCGUUGCAGCUGUCCUCGCGGCUGAGGAAGCGCCAGGAGGUCAUCCACGAGCUGAUCGUAUCCGAGGGCUCGCACGUGCGCUGGCUGAAGGUCCUCUGCCGCGUGUUCCUUCGUCCCUUGGAGGCGGCUCCUUCACUGCUGCCGGCCGACGAGCUUCGCGCGCUAUUCCCGAACUUGCCCGACGUGCGCGACUGGCACGCGGCGUUGCACGCGCGUCUUCGUGCGGCGAGACACAACGCGCCCUCGCAUCUCGUGCCGUUGAACGCGCUUGCCGACGCCAUGUUGGCCACGCUGGGCGAGCCUGCGUACGCGGCGUGUUUAUCCCGCUUCUGCCGCGGGCAGCGACUAGCAUUAGAGGCGCUACGAGAGCGCCGGCGCAAGAACAAGGAGCUACACCAGUUUCUGGCCACGCGCGAGCAGCUGCCGCUGUGUGGCCGCCUGCAGCUGCGCGACCUGCUCGCCUGCGUGUGGCAGCGGCUAACCAAAUACCGCCUACUCCUCGAAAGCGUGCUCAACACAGUCUGCGAGGAGGAAGACGACCCGUCUGACGUAGUACAACUACGACGCGCGCUCGACGAGGCCAAAUAUAUGCUGCACAGCGUUGAUACCUCCAUCCGAGCUGCUGAGAACGAGCACAGACUGCGCACAAUCCAGAGCAAGCUAGAAGUGCGCGUGGAACGCGGCGCCGGCGCCGAGUGGGACGAGCUCAAGCGGCUCGACCUCACGCAGCAUCGCCUGCGACUCGAAGGAGACCUCAGCCUACGCCACGAGUCCUCUAAGAAGACCGCCAUGCUGGCGCUGAUGUUCGAGGAGAUGCUGGUGUUACUGCAGCGCGAGGGCGACAAGUACGUGCUGCGGCCCAUCCCGCAGCCCUCGCAGCACGCCGCGCUCUCGCCGCUCAUCAAGUGGGACAAAGUCCUGUUCCGGCCAAACGCAGCGGUCCGCAACACGUUCUUCCUGAUGAACAUCAACGGUGUCCAGAUGCACGAACUGUCUGCCAACUCCAACGCUGAUUAUAACACCUGGGUGAACUACAUCCAAGAAGCCCCGCUAGCGAAGGUGGAACUGAAGCAGAGUGUAACUCCCUCGCACCAGGCCAGCCGCUCUACUGACGACUCGGGUAUCAACGUAUCCCGUAACCCAUCGGACGCAUCCGAAAAAUCCAACCUAACGGCCGAAGACACCGAGCCAGAGCGAGACAGGUGCUCGUUAGAACGCGCCGAGAGCGACAGGGACAGAGCGUCUGCUGAGAGGAGCGUGCCGGACAAGGACAGCACGAUGGAGGACAAGGAAAAAGACAAGGAAGAGAAAUGCGAAAAAGAACCCGAGGCCGUGGAGAGAGAGGAAAAGCAUGUCCCACGGCGCCCAACAGUGGGCCGUAUAAGCACGCACGCCAGCAACACUGCGCCGGGAUUAGAACCCACGGGAGCCAUUACUGUGCGUCCGCCCGUCGCCGCCUCCGCUCAUACUGCCGAGACUGCGUAUACCUACCAAGGUCAGUCCCACAGCCCACGCCCAACAGUGGGCCUCGAGCCCACGGGAGCCGUCACUGUGCGCCCGCCCGUCGCCGCCUCUGCACAUACUGCUGAGACCGCGUAUACCUACCAAGGUCAGUCCCACAGCCCACGCCCAACAGUGGGCCUCGAGCCCACGGGAGCCGUCACUGUGCGCCCGCCCGUCGCCGCCUCUGCUCAUACUGCCGAGACUGCUUAUACCUACCAAGGUCAGUCCCACAGCCCACGCCCAACAGUGGGCCUCGAGCCCACGGGAGCCACCACUGUGCGCCCGCCCGUCGCCGCCUCCGCUCAUACUGCCGAGACUGCGUAUACCUACCAAGGUCAGUCCCACAGCCCACGCCCAACAGUGGGCCUCGAGCCCACGGGAGCCAUCACUGUGCGCCCGCCCGUCGCCGCCUCCGCUCAUACUGCUGAGACCGCCUACACUUACCAAGGUCAGUCCCACACCCCAUGCCCAACAGUGGGCCUCGAACCCACGGGAGUCAUCACUGUGCGCCCGCCCGUCGCCGCCUCCGCUCACACCGCCGAGACUGCGUAUACUUACCAAGGUCAGUCCCACAGCCCACGCCCAACAGUGGGCCGCGAGCCCACGGGAGCCAUUACUGUGCGCCCGCCGGUCGCCGCCUCCGCUCAUACUGCCGAGACCGCGUAUACCUACCAAGGUCAGUCCCACGGCCCACGCCCAACAGUGGGCCGCGAGCCCACGGGAGCCACCACUGUGCGUCCGCCCGUCGCCGCCUCCGCUCAUACCGCCGAGACCGCGUAUACCUACCAAGGUCAGUCCCACGGCCCACGCCCAACAGUGGGCCGCGAGCCCACGGGAGCCACCACUGUGCGUCCGCCCGUCGCCGCCUCCGCUCAUACCGCCGAGACCGCCUACACCUACCAAGGUCAGUCCCACAGCCCACGCCCAACAGUGGGCCGCGAGCCCACGGGAGCCAUCACUGUGCGCCCGCCCGUCGCCGCCUCCGCUCAUACCGCCGAGACUGUGUAUACCUACCAAGGUCAGUCCCACGGCCCACGCCCAACAGUGGGCCUCGAGCCCACGGGAGCCACCACUGUGCGCCCGCCCGUCGCCGCCUCCGCUCAUACCGCCGAGACUGUGUAUACCUACCAAGGUCAGUCCCACGGCCCACGCCCAACAGUGGGCCUCGAGCCCACGGGAGCCAUCACUGUGCGCCCGCCCGUCGCCGCCUCGGCUCAUACUGCCGAGACUGCGUAUACUUACCAAGGUCAGUCCCACAGCCCACGCCCAACAGUGGGCCGCGAGCCCACGGGAGCCAUCACUGUGCGCCCGCCCGUCGCCGCCUCGGCUCAUACCGCCGAGACCGCGUAUACCUACCAAGGUCAGUCCCACAGCCCACGCCCAGCAGUGGGCCGCGAGCCCACGGGAGCCAUCACUGUGCGCCCGCCCGUCGCCGCCUCCGCGCAUACCGCCGAGACCGCCUACACCUACCAAGAGCGUCUCCGCCGCCUAGACGAAGGCAUCGUGGCAGCACUAGCGGCCAAACGCGCGCUCGUGGGCCGCGCGCUCGGCGUGCCCGCGCCUGCGCACGCUCAUCUAGCUGAAUUGGCCGUCGCAGAAGCGCUGGGAGACCUUGACAUCAACCGCGAGUUGCGCGUGUCGCGACAGAGCUCCCGCGAGGUCAUGUCAUUCCCCAAACGCCACAUAGUUUCAUUCCAAUUGAGACCUUAUGUACAUAACCUUAAGAGCUACAUUCCCGCAGACAUCAACCGCGAGCUGCGUGCAACCCGACAGAGCUCCCGCGAGAGCAGCGACGACGACGCGCCGCAGGAGCCCGACGUCAUGCAACUGCUGCUCGCCGCGCACGAACAAGCAACCCAGCUAACCGAAGCGAUCUCCAAAGCGUUGACCGUGAACGAAGCCGCGGUCGUAGCGGCGCGCGCGCGUCGCGGCCGCUGCAACAACUGUCGCGGCUCCGUCGUGUCGCAGCAGCCCGUCGUGUCGCAGCACGCCACGACGCCUGUGUCGCCGGCGCCGCAACAGGCCGUCGCGAGCGUGGCCAGUGUCGUGACGCCUGUAGCGAGCCUCGUCACGCCGGCGGUUAGCCGGACCAGUGUUGCAGAUACCCCCGAGUUCGCCAGACCCCUCGAAGACGGCGACCAGUCCCUAGACCGACAGGUGGCGUCGUCGCUGGCGCUGCUGGAGCGCUCGCUGUCCAGCGACGCGUCGUACGACAUGCUGCGCGAGCUCGACGCGACCGCGCAGCCCGAGGCGGCGUCGUCGCUGGCGCUGCUGGAGCGCUCGCUGUCCAGCGACGCGUCGUACGACAUGCUGCGCGAGCUCGACGCGACCGCGCAGCCCGAGGCAGACGCCGGGGACGCGCUCGGCGACCCGCAGGCGGCGUCGUCGCUGGCGCUGCUGGAGCGCUCGCUGUCCAGCGACGCGUCGUACGACAUGCUGCGCGAGCUCGACGCGACCGCGCAGCCCGAGGCAGACGCCGGGGACGCGCUCGAGAGCAACGCAUCAGCAGCGCUACUAGCCGCCAAGCUAACACGACUCGCGUGCGGCGUGCAGAGCUCCCUCUCGGGGCUCAUCCUGGCGCUGCCGCACGACGCGCCGCCGCGCGCCGCCCUGCGCGCCCAGCUGGCUGCCGCUACCGAGCGCGCGCAUCGGUUGCACGCUGCGUUGGCUAGCCAGGCGCCUAAUGCACACGCCACGCUUGCUAGGCAGCCGCCCAAUGGUCUACACGCCGCGCUGAUUAUCCAGGCGCCCAACGGUUAG